GUAUUGCGUUCAAGUGCGGAUCGACAAAUUCAAAAUGGCGGCGGACGUGAUUAAAUAAUUGUCGAUUUUCAAUGUGACAGUUUUCGAACUAAUUUUAUGAAAGUGAAAUCAGUGGAGUAAAACGUGUUUGUGUAUAUAUUUUGAUUGUUAUUUUGUCAUUACAAAACUGUGCUACAAUAAGAGAAAGACCUUAGGCUUCUGAUUGAUUCGAAGCCCUCGGCGACCUCUUGUUGGAUUAAUUCUGAGAUGGGAGUACAGGUACUCAUUCCAGAGAGCACGCAGCCCAAGCACAUUCGCUCUCUGCCAAGAAUCCCGAAAAACUCACACUAUUCAAUGAAACCUUUGAAUUCCGUAAAACCAUCCAGAGCGCUUCCUACCGUCCCUAACUCAAACCUUUCCAAGAUGGACCCCAACGUCAAGGUCGCUCGAGCUUUGCCCAGGGUACCAAAACAAACGGAUAUUAAAAAGACAAUUGUAGCAACCGGCAGGCACGGGAGGGCUCUUCCGGAAGUUCCGUUCCGAGAGAUUGGAAAUUUGAAACAUUCGGAUACCUCCGUGUCCAGUCGGGCAUCAACGCCGCGACAGGCGCACAACACGAGUCUGAAUUCCCACAAAUCUAAUACGAACCAUCUCUCAAAUGGCAAUCAUCACGUGACCAAUGGCCACCAAUCAAAUAAUCUCUCCAAUAAUCACCAUCAUCACACCAGUAACGGUCAUCAUUCAAACAAUGUCCAUGCGAACGGUAACCAUGUCCACACGACGAAUCACCAAAGUCAUCAAAGUACAAACGGCAACACAACACAACGAACAUUACCAAAGUUACCAAAGCUACUUCAAAAGCCUAAACCGGAACAAAACAGAAUAGAAUACAUGCACGAACUUUACAAAAAGGAAGGCGACAAAUUCAGCGAUGAAGGCAACUACGAACAAGCCCUCAAAAGCUAUAACCAUGCACUUAAGUUUAUUUCGGACGAGAAGAAUACCAUGAUUGCAAGGUCACGUGUGUAUCGGAAGUUGGGGAAGCUCCGAAAGGCCGCGCAGGACGCAGACGUCGCUCUGAAGAUAGAUCCGCUAUAUCACGAGGGCCUCUUGCAGAAGGCUGAGAUAUUAUUAGAACAAGGCGAAUACGAGGCUGCCCUGAACUACUUCCAGAAAGGUGCCCGAAUGAGGCCGGAUAAGGACGACUUCCAAGACGGAAUCGAGAAGGCGAAACACGCCAUGUCGGAAAGCCACAAGGUGCCAGUUGCAAGGAAGCGGAAAAACACCAUCAGCCCCGAAGAAAUAACGCUACAGAAGAAGUCAAAGGACCGUUCGGAAAAGGCCCGGAAGAACCGAGAGAAUGCGCAGGCGCAACGAGCGCACUCGCACCUUAGCGACGACACGCACGAUGUCUCCAUGGGUUCAAACGGCUCAUCACACCGCGACAACGUGUCCGUCAUACAGGAAGAGGGGUCCACGCACAUUCGGGCGCCGUCCGCCCACGUGGUUCAUCCGCCGCCGAGUCACAUGCCGGCGCCCCCGUCCCAGCCGCCACCCGCCCACAACAGGGCUAAGCUCGGCCGCCAAAUGACGCCUAUGCCUGGGCGCAUGAAGGCUCGGCCAUCUGAUGGGCGAAUUCUGGAGCCCGCACAGGAAAUUGGCGGACCGGAAGUUCCGGCUGGACCGGAAGACGUAGACGAAAACAUGAUGAAGCAGAUCCUGGGAUCGAUGUACAAGGACCGGGACUACCUUGAGAAACUGCUUGGGGAGACAGACAACAUCACAUUACCCGGGACUUCUAACGUCGGUUCCACCGCAAAGAACGGCCUCAACUUCCUGUACGACCGAGUACUCAACUGGGUCCGCAAGGGAGAGCACCUUCCGGUGACGCAGCCGACGCCGCUCCCCAGGGAGACGCGAACCUCGGCGCGCCGGAAGUCGAUGGCGCAUGGGUCUUCGGUCGAGAGCCUCAUUGAAGAUCAAGAGAAGGAAAACGAAGCCCGUCUCACGCGCAGGUCCAAGAAAAAGGGUCAGUCCAAGGCCCCGCAUACUUGGUACAACUAUCUGGAAUCCAAAAAGCUCGAAGAAGCACAGGAACGCAAAAACGCGCGUAACGCAUUCUUGCACGUGGUGGAAGGUCGCAAGAUAAAACCGAAAGAACACUCCAAUUUGGAAAUGAAAAAGUCCAAGCAAUCACCGGAAACCAGCCGCCGGAAGGAGCCGGGCAUGCGAAGAACGAAAGACCAUGACAGCAAAGAGUCGCUGAACCAAUCGUUCCAGUUCAAGUCGUACCGGCCUGGAAGUGACCUGCGCAAGAGCAACGACAGCCAGAAAACCACGCCCAUGGAGACGUCGGACGUCGAAGAGACAACGGAGCGGAAGACGCCACCCAAGAAGAUCCGGAACUACGGCGGAAGUAAGGAGAAGCUCGAACGCCGACGGGCGGCCGUAACCAAGUACACCGUGAAGGAAAUGGAAGAGAUCGAGGCCUCGUACGCGGAGUGCCACUACGACGAGUGUGCCAAGAAAUCGCGCCACCUGAUCAAAGUGCUCGAGCAGGAGGACCUGCCGGACAAGGCUGUUUACCUGGCGCACCUCUACAGUUUCCUGGGCAACGUGUGCAUCAGCCGGAAGGAAUACGAGAAGGGACUCGAGUACCACAACAUGGACCUCGAGAUCGGCGAGAAAUUUAAAAUCGACGAUGCGAUAUCUCGAGCUCUGGGCAACCUUGGUCGGGUCUAUGCGGUCCAGAAACGGCACCAAGAGGCAUUGGACGUUUUCCUCCGGAAGACCCCUAUGUGUACGACGCGCAUCGAGACGGCUUGGCUGUUCCACGAGAUCGGUAACUGCUUCCUGGCGCUCGGCGACUUCGAGUAUGCAAAAGACGCCGCCAAGAAGUCGCUUGAGGCCGCAUCCGAGGCCGUGGAGUGGAGCUACCAGCUGCAGUCCUGUGUGCUCAUGGGCGUGGCGGAGGUGAAGUUAAAGCAGUAUCACGCUGCCUUUAACACGUUUGAGAAGGCGUUAGACCAGGCACGCAUGCAAGGUGACGAGAAGGCCGAGGACGCCAUCCGAGAGGCGCUGCAAGACGUCAACGACCGCAUCGUGGAGGAGAUGCGUACCAAGGGGCCGCUGAACUUCCCGGAGUCCCGCUCCGACAACUUCCUGACGCCUAUAUCACGCUCGAACACCACGGUCACCGACUAUCAGUUGCAGGGGCUCUCUCGGUCGCGCGCCGAGAUCGCGAAGAUGCAGGCGGAACUCGGACCGCGCUUCCGGGCGGACUACGCUAGGACGCCGGCGGCAUUCUCGGAAUACUCAAGCAUCCUGAUACCCGAAGACGACGGCGACGUGUCGCUCACCGACACCGUAGACGACCACGUGGACUUGAACCUUGACCUCGAGCGCAUGCGGACGGAAUCGACGAUGUUGGGGUCGGCGUUAGGUAUGCGAGACAAUAUCCGGUCGGCGACUUUUGUGUCUGGGAAAGGACAUUAGUUUAAUAUUGACAUUUAUUUAUACCGUUAAUUUGAUCGUCAUAAAUCGAUGUUCCUAUUAAAGUUAUUCCGUAUAUUCCUCUUCUUUUCGACUAGCGUUUUAAAGAUAACGUUUGUUUAACUAACUGAACAUCUUCUGGUUAUUUCGAUUCGAUAACAAAUAGGAACAUUGAUGAAAAGACAUGUGAUACUCAAUUCUAUAUAUAUAUAAAAGCGCCUUACAGAGUGUUCAUUUCAAUUUAUUUUCGGCAUAAAGUAAUGAACACCCUUGAACUAAGGCGAAGCUAAAGGCAUUGAAAAUAUUAAUUGUUGCAACGUUUCCAGAUCAUUCCUUACGAUUUUGAUUUCAUUUCUUAUGUAAGGAAUAUCCGUAAAUGACGUUCAUUGAAUCCUAGACUCCAGCAGGGUCGCUUCUCUUCAAGUGAAUUAUUUCGGCGAAUUUAUUUCGCUCGUUAGCUUCCCGUUAUUUGUUUUGGUUAUAACGGGUAUUUUUUUUGCCACAUUUCAAACAUAUUUUCAAUAGUUUCCAGUCAAAGCGCCUGCAUCACUUUCAUGGUAAAAUAAUAUCCCUCCCCCUCAGAAAAUAUCGCCGUUUCUUAAACUCAUAGGGAUCUGGAAUUAAAAAAAAAUAAUUCCCUAAAACUAUUCUAAAUAAUUAAACGUGACCUGUUUCGUAUUUUUGCUGUGAAGAGAAGCGAUUUUCUGAUUAAGGGGGUAAAUUCGAAUGCCAAUUGGAGUUCCGUCCCUUGUUCAAACCAGGGAUGUAACUUCGAUUACAAUUCGCAGGUAUGCCACUGUUACAUACGAACAUUACACGCGUGCCAAAUGUCCAUUGAUAUUGAUCUGUUGCUAUAUUAUGUAAUUUGAUAUUCUUGUUUUUCUACAUUUGAUAUUUCUAUACCAUAAACAUUGAACUUGUCUGUGAUAUUUUUGUAUUGGUUGUGUUUUGUGGCGUCCCCGUUUACAAAAGUGAUAUUCAUAUUUUAUGAUUUUUUUUAAUGUUUCCGAUAAUUAUGUUAUUACAAAGCAGAUAAAUUUAAUACUCCUCUUUAAAAUAGUAUUAAAAUAAGGCGUCCGUUAUUUCUUAAAAAUACGCACAUCAAUAUUUGACAAUUAAUUUGUUAUUGAGCUUAUUGUUUGUUAAAUUCUUUGUAUCGUCUUCUAGUCAAGUCCUAAUUUAAUUUUUUAUCAACAUGUAUGUCUUAAGCUAUGUCUCGUACUAUAC